AUGCCCAACGACUUGCCACUUUUGCCACCGAAGAAUCAGCAAAAGCACUUGGAUAAAUCUAUGAUCUCAUUACCUUCGGACUUUAGGCAUUUGGCACAUGUUAGCCCAAUGGGAGCAUCAGAAAUUGAAAAUCUUCGGAGAAGUGACAAUAUACUCGAAACGGUUAAUGAAGGAAGUUACUACAUGAAACCAUCUUCCUCCAAUAGUACACUGCGGUCGCAAAAAAAAGAGAGAGUCGGUCUAGAUGACGCCUUCCCAACAUCUCCGAAUUCUGAAGAUCAUGAAGUGGUGAGAGGAUACGAGAAUCAACCGACAUCCCAUCGAUACAUGAAUAUCGCCCCACCAAAACUGAGCAAGAAAACUUAUAAAGCUCCGCCACCACCAACGCCUCCGUCACAAGCAAGCAAGCCUAAUCUGUUCUUCGAAGAUGGAUUCGAAGCCAGUCCAGACCCACCAGUGGUUUUCAGAUCUAUCUCCAAGAGCUCACAAGUCUCAGAGCCCCUUCCAUCACCAAAAAUCCACACACCUGACAGAAUCGAGCCUCCAAAACCGUACUCCAUGGUGAUCGAAAGACCCGGUGACUUGGGUGGAUUUAGUUUCGGAUUGGAUGAUUGUAUUCCGGUCAUGCAAAACCCAUCACCCCUCAAAACAUUGUCCCCGUUGCACCGACCAUUGGCGAUUCCAAGAGCUAAAGUGGAGACUCCGAUUCUUUCACCAGGAAGUCCCGAUGGAAAUUAUAUGUCAACUGUAAGAAGUACUUCUGCUCAAGGAAAGAAGAUUCUAGAUGAAUUGGAUGAUUGGUUGGAUGAUUUGGAUGAUGAUGAUAGAGAACAAUUAUCAACAAUCAGUACCGAUGAAUCUGGAUAUCCAACUCUUGCACAUGAAAAGGAUCGGGCGUUUAUGAAACAUUUAGUGGAAAAAUACGAGUUGGGAGUGGAACCAGAAACUGUAAGAUUGAGAAAAAAGAAGGGUCCAGCCCCACGUCUUCCCCCUGAAGCUCUAUCUUCUCCAACAAUCCAGGCUCCUUCUAUUCCGACUUUCAAUGCAUCUCGUCCGGUUAGUAUGCCUCCAAAUCGUCCACCUCCUUCUUACGAUGCUCCAAGUUUCGAUGCUCCAGUUUUUGAACCAAAAGGACUCGGGAAGUUGUCCAAACAGAACGCAAUGGAUCUUCGUUUGAGUGAGGAGUCACCAGUGAUGCAAAGAUUCUUGUUUGAUAAGAAAAUCAAAUCUGCAACCAUGCCUGGAUCAAUUGAAAGGAUGACAGUGUCCUCUGAAUUCACUGAUGUCUCCACCACGUCUUCUAGAUCUGAUGCUGUGUCGAGUGUUCUAUCUGCUGUCGAGGAGGAUCCGAUUGAAGUAUUGAAGAAGGAUAAGGAAGUAGAUGAGCAGUUUGUGCCAGUUCCAAAACCAAGAACGAGGAAGACGGUCUCAACGGAACCGACACUCGGCGACGAAAGUAUUGUUGCAGAAGAGAAAAAAAGAGAAAACGUGAUUGGGGAGGAGUUUGAAGUGAUCGAGAUGACAGAGGCGACGAAAACGAUGCAAAAAGAGCCUAUUGUGAUUCUUCCACCACCUCCGAAGACCUAUUUCGAUUCUGACACAGAUUCGGAUAUCAAUGAGGACCUAAUUGUGACAAGAUUCUAA